AUGCACGCAUCAAUUCUAAUUGCCACUCUGGCCGCCUCUAUGGUCUCGGCCACUCCUCUCAUGGCCCGCCAACAGCAGCCAUCUCAGCCUGCCUUCGCGCCAGCUCCCAGCGCAGGAUCCCCUCCCCCUCCUCCACCCACCACAACUUCCAUCACCUCCCCUCCCGUCACGACUGGCCAGCUUGGCAAGCCCGGCACCCCCAACAAGGUCCCACCCAAAGGCCUCGUCGGCGAGCUUCUGACCGAAGACACCACGGUGACCCGCUUCAAGGACAUCAAGGCUCAAAUCGAUGCCGGUGCCAUCUCGCUCAAGUUCGACCACAACCCGGCCGCGAACCCGAACGUCACGGCCGGCAUGGGCGGCCAAGUCGACCUCGCUAACCGCGCCAACUUCCCCGUCCUCACCGGCCUGGGUAUCUCCUCUGCCACGAUCUUCUUCCAGCCAUGCGGCUUGAACACACCUCAUGUUCAUCCCAGAGCAACAGAAUACUUCACCCUCGCCACCGACACCAAGAUGUCCACCGGCUUCGUUCUCGAGAACGGCCUCACCGAAGAAUUUAAGACCAACCUCACCAUCUGGCAAGGCACCGUCUUCCCACAGGGCAGCAUCCACUGGCAGCAGAAUGACGACUGCAAGCCCGCGGUUGGCGUCGCUGGUCUGAACAGCGAGGAUCCCGGUGCCAGCUCGAUCGCGCAGAACUUCUUGCGGUUUACCAGUGCGGAUGUGGUUGAUGCGGCGUUGGGAUUUCCGGCGGAGAUCAAUGGGGAGAACUUUGCGCAGUUUGCGGCUGCGUUGCCGGCGAGCUUGAGUAAGGGUGUUAAGGAGUGCUUGGUGCGGUGCAAUAUUCCUCACUGA